GUCAAAGACGCCAAACGUUUUCCACGCUGAAUAUAAUACUCCGCCUCAAAAAUACUAAAAUUUCUAUUAACACUAACCUAAAGCUGCUAAGAUGUUUUCUUUUAGAGCUGUUCGCUCCAUAAAUCUGCGCAAAGCAGGAAAAGUAAUCGUAGGUUUUGGAAYUUCGGUCGCUGGAGUUGGAACUAUUGCAAACUUUACGAGUCUUUCUGCCCGGGAAAAAACACUGCAAGAGCUUUCUGCAGGAUUUAUGGCUGCACCCUUAUCCAAAGGCUUGGAUGACACUAGGGAUACUAUGAGGACGAGAAUGGAGCUGAUGAUUCUGAAAGCACAAGGCGAUAUUUGCAGGAAACUUGCAGAAAUUGAAGGCGAUAGUUUUAUAGUUGAUCGUUGGGAAAGAAAAGAAGGCGGCGGAGGCAUUUCUUGUGUUCUCCAAGACGGUAAAGUUUUUGAAAAAGCAGGCGUUAAUGUCUCAGUUGUGUAUGGAAUCCUCCCAGAUAAAGCAGCUCAGCAAAUGAAAAGCAGAGGAAAAGAGUUCAAGGGAUCAGAUUUACCGUUCUUUGCGUGUGGUAUAAGCUCUGUAAUCCACCCCCGCAAUCCGAUGGUUCCAACUGUGCAUUUUAAUUAUCGCUAUUUUGAGGUGGUUGAUACCGAUGGGCAAAAGCAUUGUUGGUUUGGUGGUGGAACUGACUUGACCCCUUACUAUCUUAAUGAAGAGGAUGGUAAACAUUUUCAUGGUGUGUUAAAGAAAACUUGUGAUAAGCACGACCCAACUUAUUACACAAGAUUCAAAGAAUGGUGUGACAAGUAUUUCUUCAUCCCUCACAGAGGUGAAAGCAGAGGUGUUGGAGGAAUCUUCUUUGAUGACCUUGAAAAACCCUCAGAAGAGAAACUGUUUAGCUUYGUUGAAGACUGCGCAGCCUCUGUCAUCCCAGCAUACAUUCCCAUUGUUGAAAAGCACAAGGAUGACCCAUACACUGAUGAAGAACGCCAUUGGCAGUUGAUACGACGAGGAAGGUACGUAGAAUUCAAUCUUGUCUAUGACAGAGGAACAAAGUUUGGCCUCUAUACACCAGGGUCUCGGAUAGAGAGCAUUUUAAUGUCCCUGCCAUUAUAUGCAUGCUGGGAGUACAUGCAGACCCCAGAAGAAGGAAGUCGAGAGGAAAAGGUGUUAGAAGUGCUGCGAAAACCAAGAGAAUGGGUACAGUAGAGAGAUAUUUUAAUACUAAGUCGUACUCAAAUUCACUGACUUAAAUAUGAUCUAAGAAUAAUGAAUCUCGAAUAAUGAAUUGCAAAUGAAAAAGAAAAGUGUUUCUAGAUGUUUGAAAUAAUACCUAAAUAAAUUCUUGAAAGUUCUUAAAGA